AUGGCUAUGGUUUUAAGGUAUGUCGAUAAACAUGGGUAUGCGAUUGAGAGGUUCAUUGGGAUUAAGCAUGUUGGUGACACAAGGGCAGCUUCUCUAAAAGCAUCUUUGGAUGGUGUGUUUCUUAAACAUGGCUUGUCUAUGUCUAAAUUGAGAGGGCAAGGGUACGAUGGAGCUUCUAACAUGAGAGGACAAUUUCUUGGGUUGCAAAGGUUGAUACUAGAUGAAAAUCCUUAUGCAUUUUAUAUUCAUUGCUUUGCCCAUCAGUUGCAGUUAGUGGUUGUUGAUGUUGCCAAGUGUUGUUCCUCUGUAUUGGAUUUCUUUAACCACAUAACUUUGAUUGUCAACACCGUCAAUGCUUCUUGUAAGGGACAUGAUGAACUAGCCCAAGAACAACAUGAUAAUAUUGUGAGUCAAUUGGAGUCUGGGGAAGUUUUUUCAGGAAGAGGGAAAAACCAAGCAACCAACCUUGUAAGACCUGGGGAUACACUGUGGGGCACACAUCAUAAAACUUUGUGUCGGUUUAUUGAGAUGUGGACAUCUUUUUUGCAUGUAUUAGAGAACAGUCAUGAUGAUGCAGAAAAUUUAACACAAAGGGAUGAUACAAUACCCGCUCGGGGUCGUUCAAGGGGGCGUGGUGGUCAAAUGUUAACUUUCUAUCAACGCUUCAGAUAUGAAAUAUUCAAUGUUUUGCUUGACCAAAUAAUUAUUGAGUUAAAUAACCGCUUUGCUGAAAGAUCUACUCAAUUGUUGAGAUGCAUUGCUUGUCUUGAUCCAAGGAGCUCAUUUGCUAAUUUUGAUGAAGACAAACUUAUUCAACUUGCUCAGAUGUAUGCUGAUGACUUCUCCAUAUAUGAGAUUUCUUUUGUCCUUAGAAACCAACUUGAAAACUUCAUUGCUGAUGUGAGAGCUGAUCCAAGUUUUGUUAGUUGUAAUGACCUUGGUAGUCUUGCUGUGAAGAUGGUUCAAACUGAUAGACACAUAGUCCUUCCUUUGGUAUAUCGUCUUAUUGAGUUGGCAUUGAUUUUGCCUGUUGCAACCGCAUUAGUGGAAAGAGCUUUCUCAGCUAUAAGUAUUAUCAAGACUGAGUUGAGGAAUAAGAUGGGUGAUGAUUGGUUGAAUUAUUCCAUGGUGUGCAAUAUUGAGCGAGAAAUAUUUGCAAAGGUUGAUGAUGAUGCUAUUAUAUAUCGCUUUCAAGACUAUAGAUUUCGCAAAGGAACUUUACCUCGUCGUAGUAGUGUUGGCUCUUCUUCCACCGUUGAUCAAGUUAUGGAAGACACUGAUGAAGCAAACAAUUGA